UCAGAUCAACUGCGAGCAUCCUUCAGAGACCCACCGGGAACCGCGCGAUCCCACUGCCAGGAUUUCUGCGUUGUAUUGAAGCUUGAAUCUUUUUUUUUUUUUUUUUUUAAACAACAUUUUCUGCAACAAAACACUGGUCCGUCACCGACACCAUGAAGGAGAGAAGGAACAAUCAGCCGCUGGUGGUGAGGUGCAAACUGGUGCUCGUGGGAGACGUACAAUGCGGAAAAACGGCGAUGUUGCAAGUCCUGGCGAAGGAUUGUUAUCCAGAGACCUACGUGCCCACGGUGUUUGAGAACUACACCGCCUGUCUGGAGCUGGAGGAGCAGCGCGUUGAACUCAGUCUGUGGGACACCUCAGGUUCUCCAUACUAUGACAACGUACGGCCCCUGUGCUACAGUGACUCAGAUGCCGUCUUGCUGUGUUUUGACAUCAGCCGUCCUGACACUGUGGACAGCAGUUUGAAGAAGUGGAAAACGGAGAUCCUUGACUUCUGUCCGAGCACCCGGAUCCUGCUCAUUGGCUGUAAGACCGACCUGCGCACAGACGUGUGCACGCUGAUGGAGCUGUCCAACCAGAAACAGACUCCCAUAACCUACGAGCAGGGUUCUGCUAUGGCCAAGCAGCUGGGGGCCGAAGCCUACCUGGAGUGCUCAGCGUUCACCUCGGAGAAAAGCAUCCACAGCGUGUUCCGCACCGCGGCGAUGGCCUGCAUCAACAAGCUGCAGCCCCUCCCCAAGCCCAGCCCCACCCGCCGCCUCUCCAAAAGACUUCUCCACCUGCCCAGCAAGUCGGAUUUGCUCUCCUCCACCUUCAAGAAGGAGAAGACCAAGAGCUGCUCGGUCAUGUGAGUGAAGACGUGCCGGGUUACAGUCGUCACAUGCAACCCCCGGCCUCCCCCCGCCUCUUUGGUCUCGGGGAAGGGGGGGGGGUGGACACGAUGGUUUCAUCAGGGUUUCCUGCUGAAUCCUUCUCUCACCCCCUCGCCCCCCCUCCAGACACCAAACACCCCUCAGAAGAAGUGGACACCUCGCUGUCCACUUGCUCCUGAACCUUUUACCGCAGAUCCAUCGUUUUCCACUAUUGUUUAGCUAUCGGAGAAACGAUAUCAGUCAACAAUUUUUCAUCAAGCUUUAAUUGUUUUCACCUGUAAACAAUAUGCAACUACAAUGGUGUUACAUCUGUAUGAUUUUAAUAUCCCCAGGCACAUAUUGCUUUUGUCCAAAUUGGAAAUGUGCAACGUGUGACGUUUAAUCUUGUGAUGUAAAUGCCUCUCAGACGAUUCAAUGGAUAUUUUUCUAAGUACAAAAAUAAAUCUAGCAUGUCAGCCGUCAGGAAUUAACAGCAUCCUGUACAUCCCUCCUUAGUAAGGAGUGUGAGGAGUGAAAUAGCUGGUUCCUGGCGUCCCCAUUUAGGACCGUGAAAGCACGGAGAAGUUGUGGGGAAAACCACAAGGAGAGCUGUCCCAUAGUGAGCUGUGCUUGUUGUCUCUGAGGGGACGGGAGCAGGGGAAAGCGCCGGUGAGCGCAGGCUGCCGUGCAGACGGCAGUGUAGACCAUUUCAACCUGCAUGGAUUGUUGAUGCAUGGUCGUGCAGCCCUGGCUAGCGCUGCUCCGCAGGCUUUUAGUGCUGAAGAGGCUCUGUGCAUACAACACGACUGCAGAACCGAGGCAACGCAUUCACAGAAAAAGUGUUCAGUCGAGCUUUGGGUGUUUCUGCUGCGUAGUGUCUCUGCUGUCACAGCUAAAGUUUAUUUUGAAAUUCAGUUUGGGUAAUAGGACAGAAACAAUGGUGAGAAAAGAUGCUUUUAUAUAAAAAUGAUGAAAGUUUCUGUGGCGUGAUAUUUAUUAAGCUGUGGCGGGUUAAAGAUGCCGUUCAAAGUGUUAUGAGGCAUUUUUAAAAGCAUAACACUAACACAGUCAGGCCCAAUAUGGUCAAAUAUUUUCCCAAAAAGAUUUGUAGCAUUGCAACAGUUUUUCAACAAUUCACAAAUGGUAUGCAGUUUCAAAAAAUGCCUUUCAUAUCCCAGUCAAUGAGAUUUUUGACCACUGUAAUACAAUCCAAUGUAGCACUCCCACCCUGACUCUACUCCGAGAUGACUAGUUCUGUGUCCUUAACUCUUGUUAAUCCAUUGACCUUAAAUACGCAGCACUUACUGUAGGUUACAAUGACUUCAAAGCAAAAAUUGGACCCUUUUCAGUGUUUAAAUCUUUGGCUUCAUGGUUAUGUGUGUGCAGCAUUGAUCUCUUUGCUUCUAACCAUAAAGCAAUAAAGAUUUAAGUCUGUGAUGCAAGAUAAUCUGUGUGGCAAUAAAGAUGCAGCUUUGUAGUUACUUUCACUCAGUGCUCCAUGGACGUCCAUGUUAUAGACUAAAACCCUCUCUGCUGUAAAAAGAGGCUGCAGCUCUGUGUCAGUCGCUACUGGAAUAUAGAAGAAUCAAUGUUGAUCUCCUGCUUCAAAAUAGAUUGUCAAUAAGAACACUCUUUGAGUUGGAGAUUCUAGAAUUUGCUGCCAAUUUUACAAAAUCAUAAUAAAAGCAGCAGGACUUAAAUCAGCUACUCGAGUGAGUUGACAAUAUAAACUUCUAUAAUGAGAAAUCUACUUCAAAAAUCUAUAAACCAUCUUGUAAAAAGGGCUAGUUUGUGGAGGGGGAGAGGAGAUAAUGGGAAGUAAACAAGUAAUCAAAAUGCACAGGCUGGCCCUGUCCAAAGAAAGCUAUUUUUCCAUUCUUUUUGUAUUUGGUUAUUGUGUAUUUUCUUUUAAAUUUCGCGGUAUUUAAAGGCAUAAUGUGAGUCCCGGUGUUGUUUUUGGAAAUAUCUCUCAGAGAAGGUUGUUGCGUUUUCACGGGGCUGUGGACUGUCCCCGGUAGUAGGAGGAACUUAAAGCGGUGAUUGCACAAAGGCUUCCAGUUCAUGUUCAAACUCCAAAUUCCUUAGCAUUGCCUAGCAACAAUUCAGCAUAGACCGCUAAUAGGUUGGUCGUGUGGACAGAGGCGGUUGACAUCCUCACGUCCAUUAUUACAGCGUCCGUUACGCAUUUAAUGCCAGCCUUGUUAAAAAAAAAAAAAAAAACUGAUAUUUUCCUUGGGUCGGGGAGCUGAUGCCAGACCUUCUGAAGAUGGUACAGGUAUUUACGGAAAAUGUUGGUCGUUAAUAUGCAGCCUUUGUGUUUCAGUCAGUGUAUGGUACAAUGGUGCAGUCAAACUCUUAAGCAUGUCCUAUUAAAGUUGUAUGAUUGUACAUAUUGCCUGUUGUUUUAUAAUUAUUCUAAGACAUCUUCAAGGAUGUCAAAUUAAAAUUGUUGUUGAUGUGAA